AUAGAUUUCUUAUAUCACCUUCUCUUACAAACAGGUGUCGCAAAUAUUGGUUGUGGUACAGUGAUCUUACAUGAUUAUGAUGAACACUAUACAGUGACGUUUCCAAGUGGAUACGGGCGUUCCAUCAUGAGCACUCCGUGGGUGGAGUUGGGUGGGAAGGUGAAAAUCACCUGUGAAAAAACGGGCUACUAUGCGGAUAUAGAUUUCUUGACAAAACCAUUCUUUGGCGGUAAACCACAUAGAAUUCAGGGAAGUUUGUACAGGGAAGGCGUUAAAAAGCCGUUUAUGACUAUACGUGGGGAAUGGAACAAUAUAAUGAUGGCUAAACCAGCGAAUGGAGAAGAAUACCUAUUUAUCGAUGUACGAGCAGACCCAGAGAUGAAAAAGGAAUGCACACCAGUGAUGCAGCAGGGCGAACGUGAAAGCCGGCGGUUGUGGCGACAUGUCACUGCUGCACUUCUGAGAAAUCGCAUCAAUAUUGCGACAACAGCAAAACGAAUGAUCGAACAACGUCAAAGGGCUGAAGCUAAGCAACGCUUGGAGACUGGUGAACGCUGGAAGACGCGAUAUUUCUCGUUGGGUUCCGAUGAGAGGUGGUACUUUAAUGAGCCACUAGAGAAUAGGAUCUGA